AUGGCUUCAACCCCUCCUCAGGAAGAUUACAUCAAAUCUAAUUCGCAUAUGUUCUUUUCAUAUCCACCUGAGAGUUCGUCUUUUAUUGAUAAUAAUUCAUGCGACAGACAAAUUAAAAUAUCAGGAACAGUGGUCAUAAGAUUACCACAGGCCAUAGAUGUUCAGAAAGUGUUAGUAGAAUUCAAGGGCGUGGAAAUUGUAAAGUUAAUACUUGGAAAAGUUUACUGCGAAAAUAUUAUAGAUGUAUCGAAAGUUAUAUGGCAAUCCGAGAAUUGGCUAAAUUAUGAAUCAAAGGACGAACUUAUGUUGCCAUUCGAGAUUAAGGUACCGAGUGAAAUUCCAGAAUCAUUUGAUACAAGUUAUGGUGGCGUUAAGUACACACUUAAGGCGACGCUUAUUACGAAGAAGGAAAAGAAACCAAAAUAUUUCAUAGAAGUUAUUGUACCUGUUACUAAGUGGACAGAAUCAAUGCUCGAGGACUUACGACCUCUGACAAUAAAGUCCCAGCAAAAUAGAAAUCGCAGGAAUCUUAUCUCAUGGAAAAUUUGCUUGCCUAAAACAUCUUUUGAUUUAGGCUCAAGAUUUAACGUCAAAUUAGAACUAACGGGACAAAAUCCGGAACUUAGAGUGCAUAAGAUUAUUAUGUCCUUGAAAAACUUUAUUCGUUACAAGGUUGAUGGUGAUAACGUCUUUGAUUUUCAGAAGGAAUAUAGAUGCUUCAAAAAGGUGUUACGUAAUAAAGAUAUCUCGAUACUUCCGGAAGGAAUCGAAAGCAUUUUUGAAGUCACGACAGAGAUGAAAGUACCCGAAGAUGCAUUGCCUACAUGUCAAACUAAAUUUAUGACUAUAAUUAAUCAACUUAUAGUCAAAGUUUUCUUUGAAAAGUCAG